CUGUGCCAGGCGCUUCAGAAAACAAAAGUGUUUGUGAAGCGCACCCCCCGACCAUCUUGGGCGGUGGACGCUGACAUCCCAUUCUGCAGAUGAGGAAACUGAGGCAAACAGACACAUGACUUCAAGUCGACUAGGGGACUCUCGCCACGGAAACCGCUCCUACAGAGGCGUGUGCAGGGGCAUGAGGCCCCGCCCCUUAGCCCCGCCCCUCGCAACAGGUGCCUCCAUAGGGCGGGCUAAUGAGCUUCAGGGAAAGGAUCCUUGGGGUAGAGGAAGCGGGGGGUCCGAAGGCUUCUGGGAGUUGUAGUUCUCGGGCUAUCAGGCGUCUCGCAGUGCCCAUAGGAGGGGGCUUCUCGGGCAGGGAUGCCCGCGCAGGCGCGCCGCCAUCUCUAGCGCAGACCGCUGCUGGCCCCUUGCUCCGGGCGGGUUUCGUGGCUGGUAGGACGGAGGCAGCAGGUAGCGUUGGGCAGGGCGGUGGCUACGGCAGUAUCUGAGGAGGGUGCUCCUCUGAGGAGAUUGCCUUUCCCGGGAGGUUAACACAAAGGAAGAGGGAAUGUCUUCUGGGAUCCUGACAGUCAGCUCACAGGUGUCGUUGACAUUCAAGGAUGUGGCUGUGGACUUUACACAGGAGGAGUGGGGGGAGCUGGACCCCACCCAGAAGGCCCUGUACAGGGAGGUGAUGUUGGAGAACUACCAGAACCUGGUCUCGUUGGGGUGCCAGGCUUUCAAACCAGAUGUGAUCUCCCAUUUGGAGCAAGGGAAAGGGCCCUGGAUGGUGGAGGCAGAAAGCCUAAGAGGCAGUCGUCCAGAUUUCAAGAUUAGACCUGAAGCCCAGCAGUUAGCUCCACAGCCAAACCUUUCUGAAGAAAAAUCUUCCCAAUUCACAGUUGAAGCAGUCUCAAAGGCCAAGUUAGGAGAAGCCAAGGAAUGUGGUAGCCAUUUAGAAAGGAGACCUCAAGUGAAAUAUUUGGGUCAAAUGAUUAUUACCCAUAAGAAAGAUCCUCAUUGUAAAGAAUAUGGAAUAAAAUUUUGUCUGACCCCAGUCCCUGUUACAGAAUCAACUAUUCCUGAAGAGUCCCAUAGUAGAGAUAAAAGUGGAAAGAACUCCAAAUCUUUAGAACAAGUCAAAAGUAAAAAAAGUUCUUCAAGUAAGAAACUCUAUGAAUGUAAUGAAUGUGAGAAAACUUUUGUCCAAUAUGCACAAUAUACUCAACAUCAGAGAAUUCAUUCUGGAGAGAAACCAUAUAAAUGUGAUGAAUGUGGGAAAGCCUUCAGCCAGAGUGCAUGCCUUACUCGACAUCAUAGAAUUCAUACUGGAGAGAAACCAUACGAAUGUAAAGAAUGUAAAAAAUCUUUCAGUCGGAUUUCCUCCCUUACUCAGCAUCAUAGAGUUCAUACUGGUGAAAGACCCUAUGAAUGUAAUGAAUGUGGAAAAGCUUUCAGUGACAGUUCAUCACUUACUAAACAUCAAAGAAUUCACACUGGAGAAAAACCUUAUAAGUGUAAUGAAUGUGAGAAAGUCUUUAGCCGGCGUUCAAAACUUAUUCAACACCAGAGAGUUCACACUGGAGAAAAACCCUAUGAGUGCCAAGAAUGUGGAAAAGCCUUCAGGUGGAGUACCUACCUUAAUGAACACCAGAGAAUUCAUAGUGGAGAAAAACCAUAUGAAUGUCCUGAAUGUGGAAAAUCCUUCAGACAAAGUAGAGAUCUUGGUCAACAUCAGAGAAUUCAUACUGGAGAGAAGCCAUAUGAAUGUAAUGAAUGUGGGAAAACUUUCAGAUGGGGUACACACCUUACUGAACAUCAAAGAAUUCAUACUGGAGAGAGACCUUAUGAAUGCAAUGCUUGUGGAAAAACCUUCAGGCAAAGUGGACAGCUUACUAAACAUCAGAGAAUUCAUACUGGAGAGAAACCUUAUGAAUGUAAUGAAUGUGGGAAAACUUUCAACCAGAGCGUAUGCCUUACUCGACAUCAGAUAGUUCAUACUGGACAAAAACCCUACAGAUGUAAAGAAUGUGGAAGAUCUUUCAGUCGUAUUUCCUCCCUUACUCAACAUCAGAAAAUUCACAGUGGAGAGAAAGCUUAUGAGUGUGAUGAGUGUGGGAAGGUCUUCGGUGACACAUCUUCACUUACUAAACAUCAGAAAAUUCAUACAGGUAUGUCCCAGCUUCCAUCACCACCAUGCCUUGGCACUGACUUUGCAUCAGGCAAGAAUUUCCAUGAUGUGGCCACAACCUUGCCAGCCAGCGACAUAUGUGCUCCUGCCACUACACUGGUCACAAUUCCUCUCAUUUCUCCAGCAAGUUCCUAGCUCAGGUGGCACGAGAAGUUUCCCCAACUAAUUGGAAGAGAAUUUGACUGUCCUAACAUGCAGUUACCACGGAUCCCUCCUCCUUUCAUCCAUGUUUGGCUGUUGGCACAUGGAACUAUGUAAAAGACUGCAUUUGGCCCCCUGCAGUUUAUGUUCAUUGUUUUGUUCAGAUGUAGAAGGUUCAUUCUCAAGUCAAAGACCAUGUUGUAAAGAUUAUAAAUCAGCUGCAUACCCUACCAGCUUCCCAGGACCUGUAGUCCUCUGGACCAUUUAAAUUUGCAGUAGACAAGGCACCAUCUUAUUUGGAGUUACCCAGAAUUUGGCUUCCAUCAUAGCAUUUCUGAAGAAUGAUUGUAGUGUCCUGGGAUACAGGAAGGUUAAGUAUGAGUCUAGGGAUCAGUGACGUAACUUGACCACACAGUGGUCCCGUGGGACCAUCAGGGUCUCUCUGACAUUGAUAAAAUUGGCAGGCUGCCUAAAAGUGCCUCAGGGCUUGUGGUGUCAGGCCUGUUUGCAGGGGAGGCAGGGGAUGGGAAGGACAGCAUUAGGAAUGUAAGUGUCAUCCAGUAUCUGCCCUCCACCUGUCCAUUACCCAGCUGGCCUAUGGGAUUUGGAGGCUGUUCAGAUUGACUUGGAACACACCCUUCCCGCUCUGCAGCAUCUUUCCCGUAGGCCCUCUCCUCUGGCAUUGUUGUCCCCCUGGUGCAGGCUCACAACACCGCGCACCUGGAUGAUGGCAAUAGGUUCAUCUCCCUAAUUCCAGGAUCUUCCCGCUCCAGUGCAUUCUCUAGUCAGUGGCCCGACUGAUCCUCCUGAAGUAUCAGGCUAACUGUGUUACCCGCCCUGAGUCGGUAAACUCUGGUGACUUCCUGCUGCCUCCGGGAUCGACCACAAAACUCUUGUCCUGUCCAGCCCUCAGAAGCUGGCCUCCUCCCCAAUCCCACCCCCAGCCGUGUGCUUUCCCACUGAGCCACAUCGGCCUCUUUGCUGUUCAUCGAACGUGACACUUUAUCUCCCAGCUCUGACCAUUUUCCAUGACGAUUCCUCCUGCUCCGGAUGCUCUUCCUCUUCAUCUCCACCUCCUGGCUCCCUUGGCCUUUUCCCAGUCCUCCUCAAUGCUGGUGCCUCCCUCUGCUGAUUAUCUCCCGUUUAUCCGGCCUGCAUCUCAUGGAUGGAUCUCAUCACACCAUGAGCUUCUUGAGAGCAAGAACCUUCCCCUUUCUCUGUCUCCCGGGGCUUAGAACGGCUCCUGGCAUAGAGUGGUUGCUCAAUAAAUGGUACGCCCUGCUUCCCUCUGUAUACUCUGCCAGCUGGUGACCCAGGACUUCCCACCGGACCUCAGACUGAGCACAUUCAUCGGCCGCCGGUACCUGGAUCGCUCUUCCUCCUCGUCUCCAUCUCCGUCCUGGCUUUCCUGGCCUCCCUCAUCCCAGUCCCUUGUGAAAUCCAGCCUCCCACAAGCAGCUUUUCCCAGUCCCUCUUUGGCGUGUGCCUUCCGUCUGCUGAUUAUCUCCAGGGAGUCCUGCCAACAGGGUGCAGAGCGGAUUCCCUGUUGUCUCCACCACUGGACUGGGAAGGUGCUUAAUAGAUGCAUGUUGACUUUGGCCUGCCACUGGGUGUGAUUGAAUGCAUCGUGGCCACAGGGAACAGCUUAGAGAUUGGGGGGGGGUGUUACCCAACACAUCACCCACAGAUGCUACCACGACCCUGUGCCUUCAUGUGAAACCAUUACCAAAGCUCUGUGCUGCCCUCUUAGGCUUCCCUUGAGCCUCCCCAAUGCCCACUUUGAAAUUCCAAUGGCAUUUUCACUUUUAGACCUUGAAUCUGCUGUUGUUUGUAUGUUGUCUCCCCUAUUAGACUGUGAGCUCCUUGAGAGCAGGAACUGGUUUUGCCUUCCUUUGUAUCCCCAGCGCUUAGUAGGUCUAGUGCCUUGCACAUAGUAGGUGCUUAAUAAGUCCUUGUUGACAUGCACACAACAUUCUAUCUCCAAGCUCUGCCUCUUAGCUUCCCUGCCCACGUCCCUCCUGCAGGAGGCUUUCCAGGUAGGUCUCCCUGCUCCCAGCUGCUAACACCUUCCCCUGCCAGGUUACUAUCUUCCACGCUGUGUAUAUCGUGCAUGUGCCUAGUUAUUUACACAUUAUCCCUCCCAUUGGAGUGUACACUCGUUGAGGUCAAGACCUGUCUAUUGCCUUUCUUUGUGUCUCUGGUACUUAGCACAGUUCCUGGCACAUUAGUAAGUGCCUAAUAAAUGCUUGCUUAUCGUCUGACUGGCACACGACCAUUCCUGGGAUGUCGAUCCCCAUGAUAGUACUGCCUGGUUCCUUAGCCACCCCUGUCUCCAUCCACAUUUGUGGUGCCUUCCCCAUUAGAAUGCCCAGUCCUUGAGGACAAGGCCUAUUGAGCUUCCUGUCUUUGCUUCCCCAGUGCUUAGGCUGGUGCCUGGCUCUUAAGAAAUGCUUCUUUGCUCAUUUUGGCACCAUAGUUUGAUGUGGGUAAUGCUUGGGUGUUGAGUAGUGCAGACGAGGGGUUGUCGGGAAAGGGCACUCUCUUGGCACGGUCUCCUAAUGCUGGUGACGUAAGGCACUGGAGUGUACUUCCUAGAGACGCAUCACAUGCUGUUAGGAAAUCUGAGAGCGGUGCCCACUUCUGUCAUGGAGUUGGGAUCAGUCAUUCCUGGCUUGUGUAAAGUGCCCGCUGCCUUUUUAAGAUGUUGUGCAUUUAUUUCUGCUUCUGGAGCCUUAGAAAAUUGACAUAGAGAAACAUUUUGACAGAAUAUCACUCUUAAGCAUUGCUUGUGUGGUAGAACUGUGAACUCUGUGUGUGUGUGUGUGUGUGUGUAUUUUUGUUGUAUAAAUUUGUCCAUAAGAUUCUAAAAUUUUCAGUGUAUUAAAAUGUUGAAUAAACUGUCUUUGCUGACUCCCAAGAAUGACAGGACAAUCCAAAUGGAUGUUUAGAAAGCAAUGACUUAGAUGUGGGGCUUCAGAAGCCUCCCCCUUACAUAUUACAGAUAUCCCAAGAAAUAGGGCAAGUGCAAUAUUUGGGUCCCUGACACAGAUCAAUGGCAAACUUUGAAGGGAAAAAUCCCAUUUAAUUUGGAAAUAAAUGAAUAAGUAAUAAGUAAAAGAGAGGUAUUUUGACAUACUGGAUGGAAAGACUUGGUUUUAGAACCAGCUCUGAAUAUGCUGUCUUUGUGACCCUGGGCAAGUCACUUAACUUCUCCAUGGCCUGAGUAACUCUGAUGGACAUGCUACUUUGAGGUAGGUGUCACUCUGCAUUGGUAAAGUUGGGGGUUCCUUAUACCAGUUAAAUCACAGGCCUGGAGAAGGAAAGGAUGGAAGAGAGGAGAACAGAGACUAGCUGUGUUAUUUGGAUUAUUAUAGUGGAGGUCAAUAUACUCAACUGGUGCCAAAAUGUCCUUCAAACUAGAAAUAAAGUAAAAGGGGCAAUGGUGAUGCUCUGGGGAGCCAGAGGUCUAGUUGAUGUGCCUCCACCCAUUUGAUGGAAUUAUAGGGUGUCCUCUCCUUGUGAGCAUUCAAGAACUCUUAUGAUUGGUCUCCAGUGCCUGGGUCUGCUCCAAGGUGAUUGGCGACUUCAUUAGCUGAGAAGCCAUCUUCACCUUUUGGGGUUCUCUCUCAUUUCAUUGAACAUGCCUUGAACUUGACUGAGCCAAACUUGUGUAUACAUCAGUUAGAGAUGGGAGGAGAGAGCAGAGACCUCCUUGAAGAACCCAAGGGCUUGUUCUAGGAAUGGGAACAAUUAAACCUGAACAUGACAGAAAAUGAACGCUUUGUAAAUACCCUGAGAUCCCUGGAGAUCAUAUGCUUUAUUCUAUUCUGUAACAUUCCACAAGCGUUUGCCCCCAAAUGCCCCCUAGAGUAAUUUAUGAAUGUAUUUGUGUGCUCGGUUUUUUAUUCAGAUGCCUGGUUCUUAGAAAUUCAUGGUGAGUGGACUCUAGGUAUAGAGAUAGACAUUUUCAGAACUGGCCAAUGUGGAGAUUUGUUUUAUUUGACCAUAUUUAUUUAUUAUAAAGGAGUGCUUCCAUUUGAAGAAUGGAGGUUUGGUGUAUUGUGAUAAUGAUGCAAAAAAUAUCACUAAUAAAAUAUUUUAAAGAUGCACUGAAGAGAUAGGAAGGGGGUUUAUAAGGGGACACAGACAAGCCAGGGCAGCAUUUGUACUAUCAUGUUAAACUUAAUAGACAGUGUUCUUAAAAAACUAUAAUAGAAGUUCCAUUUCUGAUAACAAUCCUCUUUUCUGUUCU